CACCGGACGACGUGGGUGAUAGCAGACAUUGGUGAUCAAAGGCCUCCCAGGUGGACUGCAGUACCGAGGCAGCCCCUCCGAAAUCAGGCGCAGACGCUGUCGCGGAGGCAGCAUUCAGCGAACCAGGACCCACAUCCACCCCUGCCUGCUAGGCAGCCUGCCAUCAUGCAGGCGGCCGCGAAGAACCUGAGCAGCAAACCGGCGACGACAGGCUCGCGCGCGCAGCACCACAUGAGCAUCUUCGACCUGAACGGUGAUGGGAAAGUCGACGCCGAGGACUUUCGGAUAGCGGCCGAGCGCGCGCACCUGGCCGGCAAGGAGAUGUCGACGUUCUGGUAUAGGGCGCCCAUCGCGAACCUGGUCUACGGCCUCCUGGACGGCGACCGGCCGCCGUCCCAAGAGAAUCUGAAGGCCGUGCUGAACGGCUACGCCCUCGUGGACGCGUUGCUCCUGACGAUCGUCAUGUCCAUGCCCAUGUCCAUGACCUUCGAGGAGAUCGAGCUCGCGCGGCUGCGGUUCGACGGCGUCGUGCGCUUCGAGUUCACGGACGAAAUCGAUUAUGACCGGCGCUACAACGACUGGGAGGGAGUCACGGGGAAGAGCAUGGUCGUGGGCUACGCGCGCUGGACGGUGGCGGCGGCCAUGUUGCUGGCGCUCUCGCUCUUCGCGGUCUUCAUGGUGCUCGGGCUCUGCGACCUCGUCUUGAGCGAGGUGCACCACCUGCACCGCGUGAACCGCGCGUGGUGGCGCUGGAUGCGCUACGUGCUCGUCACCAUCAUCAUCUUCACGAUGCUCGGCAGUGUCGCAUCGAUUUACGCGUUCUCCUACACGAUAUACUUCAAGUGGCCCGAUUAUUAUGUAGAGGCCCACGGCCGGCCGAACACGUGGAGCCCCUACGGCUUCGGGAACUGCUUCGUCUACGUGGCCAUCCUGCCGCUCUUCAUUGUUGUAUGUUUAUUAUCCGCGGCCACACGAUCCGCCUUCGACGCGAUGCAGGGCGACGUCGACGGGGACGGGAAGGUCGACGAGCGGGACAAGGCGCUGGCGGCGUCCGGGUACGACGACGCGACCGCAAAGGUCGCGCCGGAGAAGUAACUAUGGUGUAUAUU